UUUUUUAAUUUUCUUACUCUUUCCUCUCUCUUGCAAACGAACCGAUGGAACGAUGGAAGACUGGUAAACUUUCUUGCUGUUUCUGCGAAAGCACAAGGGCAUGACUAGGCAGAAAGUGAAACUUGCGUAUAUCAGUGAUGUGACGGCAAGGAAAUCGACGUACAAGAAAAGGAAGAAGGGUAUCAUUAAGAAGGUGAGGGAACUGACGAUUCUGUGUGGGAUCCCAGCCUGCGCAAUAAUUUCAAGUCCUUUUGAAGCUAAGCCAGAGAUUUGGCCAGAUCCUGAGGGAGCAAAGCAAGUGAUUCAGAGGUAUCUGGAUGCAUCUGUUAUUGAUGAAAGCAAGAAUGUGAACCAAGAGAGUUUCCUGAUUCAGAGGAUUGCCAAAGCCCAGGAACAGUUGAAGAAGCUGCGUCAGGAGAAUCAAGAGAAGGAGAAGAUCUUGUCCUUGUUCAGCUACAUGCAAGGUGAAGACCUCCCGACUGAUGUUCAAGAACUCAAACAACUCAAAAAGCUCAUUGAGAACACUCUGAAGGAAACUAAAAUCAAGAUGGACGACCUCAAUUUUGUCUUCUAAUGUGGAAAAAGGAGUCUGCUGAUAGGAACCAACAUUUUAUAUGAAUUCCCUAAUAAUUCCUAGCGCCAUUAUGUCCAUGUUCUCCCUCAUGAUUCACAGUGACUAGUUCAACAAUUCCUUUUUCAUAGCUGUGUAUUAUUCUGUUAGUUCUCUCCACUCUUCUAAGAGAAUUAGAGAUGAGAAAUUGAACAUAUUUUGGACUAUGAUGCAUGGGG